CCUGGGCCUGACCCUGGUGAAAUAAAUGAAGCAAUUAGGCUCUUUUCUGGUUUAGCAGACCUUGAUUUUGAGCCUGGUUAUAAUAAUCAUGUAUACUUUCAAUAUCUGUCUAAUAGUAAAGAUGAUAUCACUCUUCUAGAUGCCCAUCAUUCUGAGGAAAAUUUUGAUAAAUAUAUUAUUCGGGUUGCAG